AUUUACUAUCAUACAUGCACAUGUAAAUCAUUUAUGUAUACAUGUACACUGUUAAUCAACAUAUGUCAUUCUGAGGCAAUAUAUAUGUUCAUAAGUGUGAACUUUGUGAUUGAAUGGUUGUGAAAAUGGAUCAUCUCUCCAAUGGCUUCGUUGAAUCUGGAUUCAUAAAUCCCGGAGGGGAUGUCGGUAUUGCGGGAAUGUCGGUACCGGCAGAUACGGGUUUUAACGACCGAUUCGGCAUUAUGGAUUCCGGCUCAGUACAUGGCGUUAAUACUAUUGGGUCGAUAGUGGAACCCGACAUGAACCAACAAAAUGUCGGCUUUGUAGGAAUGGAUCCCGGUUUUGGCGGAAACAACGCAGGUCUAGGCGGUAUAGAUGCCUUCAGUGGCAAUACUGGUUUCGUCGACCCAGGAACUGACAUCGGUUCAACUGAAUUUGGUCCUGAUUUCGUUUCGGGAAUAUCCGGCAGUAACUCGCAAGGAAUGUCCGUCAGCGGUGGACCAAUUUUUGACGCGGGAAUUCAAGGUCAGUCAGCCGGAAAUUCCUUUGUGGACUUUGGUAUGGGGAAAUCCACUGGUCACGGCGGUGGCGCCCGCUUUAUCGAGACAGUUGCUGACCCAGGUUUUGUAGAUUCUGGCAUAAGUGGUGGCGUCAUCGAACCGCGGAUGGAUCCUGGUUUUGUUCAGCCAACCAUGGAUACGGGCUUUGUAGAGCCGCGUUUAAAUACGGCCGGGAUACGGGGUACCGCCGUAGGAACGUUAAACCUACCGGACCAAAGCUUUUUCGAACCGGAACCCCGUAUUUUGUCAGGCAGACCUCAGAAGGGGGGCUUUAAUGGCCCUAAGCUGCAAGGUUUUGAACCGGAAGUGCCGUUAACCGCUUCAGGCGUCGCUGGGCAACCACAAACGCUUCUACCCACCUCUGAGAGGUUCUACCCGAAGAUGUCCAAGCACCACGCCCAAAUUACAACCGUAGUGCGACCGGUGGUACGACCUGUAGUACGACCCAUAGUUCGUCCUGUCAUUAACAGGGUGGUUCGACCAAUUAUUCAGCGUCCCGUCAUUCAGCGCGUGGUGCGACCUAUAUACCGUCCAAUCAUCAAGCAGAUCGUCCGGCCAAUCAUAAGGCGCCCCAUCAUCAAUCGAAACGUCGCGCCAUUCAUUCAGCCGAGGGUUGAUUCAGACAUGGGCGGAAUAGGCGGAAUCAGCCAACCUGUUCCAAUGGGGAGAAUUGGCGGGAUAAGACAACCUGUUUCCAUGGGCGGAAUUGGUGGGAUUAGCCAACCUGUUCCAAUGGCUUCCGGAAUGUACCGGAAAUACCAGAAAAAGUUUUAUUAGCGAAAUGUGCGGUGGAACAGAAUUUCAGUACUAAAAACAAUUUGAAACGAAAUAUUUUAUCGUGCACACUCGAUUACAGACAUAACAUAUAAAAUUUCAUAUAAUUAUUCUUAUACGAUAUGUUUAUGUAUGAUAUGUAUCUUGUCAACGAAACGCUACAUCAUCACCCUUAAAAUCAGCGGAUCUCUUAUUAAGUGUUUGUAUGUGAUUAUGAGUCAAUGUGUAACUAUGUGUUUCUGCUAUAUGCGACAUUGACUUUAACGGAAACAUGCGUCCAGGUUAAGUCGGUUAGGGUAUAUACAAUAUUUCUUAUUAUCCCUGGUUUUUAUGAGACUUCUGAUAAGUAUAUAUCAUUUGUAAUAGAAAAAGACAUGAUAUGAUUAUUAAGUCUGUAUAAUUAUAAUAAUGUACUACUAUCAACUAAAUCAGAUUUAAGAUAAAAUCAAAGAACGUUUUUAAACCAUAGAAACCAUAACUGUGGCUGCAUGAAGAUUUUUAUUUAAUGAUAUUAUAACAAAACAACAUGAAAACGACGAACACAUCUGAAUUUAUAUCUUAUACACAAUAGUACAAAUAAUAUAUAUAAAAACGAAAUUCCCUUUUUAAAGUUUCAGGGAUAAAAUGAUUAGGAAGCGUUAGAUUAUUUAAAAAUACGUGUUGACAAGAUGUACGUAUAUUUGAAAGAUGUUUACAAUAAAAUUAUUUUUACAGAU